AUGCAUUACAAUCAAUGGGAAAACUUUUCGAUAAAUGUAUCACGCCUUGGUCUGGAUUUAUUAACCAUAUGUUCACAUAAAUUUCAUGGCUCAAAAGGUAUUGGUGCUCUUUAUAUCUCUCAAGGAAUUCAAUUCACAUCAAUCCUUUAUGAUGCACAACAUGAACAAAGUUUUCAACCACGUACAGUAAAUGUUUUAGCCAUUAUUGGUUUAGAAAGAGUUUGUCAAUUAAUAUCAAAUAAAUAUUUAUCAAAUAAAAGAAUUGAAUAA